AUGACCAAACCAAUUGUAAAAAAAAAGCUCGAACGUACACUUUCAAGACAAGAAGUAGAAUCUGCUUUAAAAGACUUCACAUUAAAAAAAGUAGUUAAUGACACUUACGAUUCUUUAUCGGAUUCGAUUUCAUUAUCUUGGAAAGAUGUAUCGUAUACAAUAACAGAUCCAAAAUCCAAAAAAAAAAAGCAUAUCGUAAAAAAUGUUAGUGGAAUUGUUGAACCCGGUGAAGUUUUAGCAAUAAUGGGACCUUCUGGAGCCGGUAAAUCCUCGUUCUUGGACUUAUUAGCCGGACGUAAAGAUCCAAAAUCCAUUUCCGGUGAAAUUUAUCUAAAUGGUAAACCAGGUGAAAUUAAAUACGUUUCAACUUAUGUAAUGCAAGAUGACGCUUUAAUGGGUGUUCUUACGGUGCGGGAGAAUAUUCAAUUCGCUGCUGAUUUAUGUUUCCCAGCCGAAUACUCACUCGAAAAUAGAAAAGCACGUGUCCAAACCAUAAUAGAAGAAUUUGGAUUAGAAAGAGUAGCUGAUAGUAAGAUUGGAACAGUAUUCGUUAGGGGGAUAAGCGGAGGAGAAAAACGUAGAUGUGCGAUAGCAUCCCAAGUUCUCACUUUACCUAAAAUAAUUUUUCUUGAUGAACCUACGACUGGAUUAGAUUCGGCUGCGGCGUAUAACGUAAUGAAUGCCAUUGUUGAUAUGGCAAGGAAACAUAAACUUACGGUUAUAGCAAGUAUACAUCAACCAUCCACAGAAACUUAUUCUUUAUUUGAUAAAUUAUUAUUACUUGGACGUGGUAAAACUUUGUAUUUUGGUAAAAGGGAGAAUGCUAUAACUCACUUUGAAAAAUUAGGAUACGCUUGUCCACCUUACGCGAAUCCAGCCGAUUAUUUCUUGAGAUUGGUAAAUAGUGACUUUAUGAAAGAUAUAAAUGAAGCUGAAGAACUUAUUACAAGCUUCAACGAAUCUUUUUUAAAAUCAACUUAUAAAUUAGAAAUUGACUCACAAAUUGACAAUAUAAUCUCCAGAUCAGUUCAUGAGAAAUAUGAUGAUGAACCAAUCACAGAGGGGAUUGCACGAGGAUAUCCUCGUAAUUUCUUUGCUCAGACCAUGAUUAUAAUGAAAAGAUCUCUCAAAAAUUCCACGAGAAAUAUAUUAAUGUAUUGGAUAAGAGUAGCGAUGUAUGUUAGUUUAGCAAUAUUGAUGGGUUCAACAUGGUGGCAAGUUGGAUAUGAACAACAACAUAUAGGUGAUAGGCUAUCGUCUCAUUUCUUUUCCGUUGCGUUCCUUUGUUUUAUGAGUGUAGCUGGUAUACCAGGAUUUUUGGAGGAACGUUUGGUAUUUCAACGUGAACGUUCAAAUAGGUUUUAUUCUGUUGGUCCAUAUGUAUUAGCUAAUACAUUAAUUUCAAUUCCAUUUUUAAUGAUUGUUACUAUAUCAUUUUCUGUAUUUGCUUAUCCUAUGAUUGGUUUGCAAGGUGGUAUGGAGAAGGUUACCAAUUUCUUGAUAUAUCUCUUUUUAUCUUUAUUGGUAGCUGAAUCCAUGGUUGUUUUUAUCUCCGCUGUUAUACCAAUAUUUGUAGCAGCUUUAGCUAUCGUUGCUUUUGCUAAUGGUUUUUUUAUGGUAGUUGAGGGUUAUUUCGUAUCAAAAAAAAAUAUUCCAAAGGCAUGGAAAUGGGCUCAUUAUGUUGAUUAUCAGAAAUAUGCCUUCGAAGGUAUCGUUAAGAAUGACCUUACUGGAUUAACGUUUCUUUGUGAAAAAACUGAUCAACCAGAUUGUUUCUGUUUACAUGGAGGACAAAGUGCGAGUGAACGAUGUAAUUUUUCUGGACAAGAUAUUUUGGAUGAUAUGGGUUAUGGAGAAGUUGUCAUUUCUAAAUGGGUGAUCGCACUUAUUGGAUUAGUAAUCGCUUUCCGUGUUGGAAUCGUCUACAGCACUACGGCAACAAUGUCCAAUCAGCCAUACGCUGGCCAUGCGGAUAUCAUUACCUAUCUCGAUAACAAUGAUCCAUCUAACGAGUCUUUUUCUGACUUCCUUUGCUCAAAUUUCAACACGAUCUUAAAUUCACCACCUGUUGCAAAUGACAUUAAUACUCUCAACGGUACUUGGUGGAAACGUUUCACUUUUGAAGUAGAGGUAAAAGGCCACAAGGCUGUUAAGGGAAACCUUGAAAUUGUAGGGACUUACCUUAGAUUGGCUAGCGUAUCGUCAUUAACGACGCCAAGGUCAUCUUUUGGAAAUCCAAAAUUUUUUAACAAUGUAAUUUCUACUCGAUUGGAAUCAGAGACUAAGAUUAUUGCGGACAAUCAAGGUGUUGACCUUGUGAGAGCAUCAUGUGGAUUUCAUGGAUCUGAAAUGAUUGCAGAAUAUUCACUUAAUCAAUCAGAUCCAAAACGAGACUUAGAUGAAGGUAUUGGAAGCGAUCUAUUUUCAAAAAACCACGAAGAAUGGAUGAUUAUACAACUCCGCCAAUCAGGAAAUUCCGGUCCUCAACCAUAUAAUGAAGAAUCGUCUUCGCCUGAAUCUGAAAUUAUACCAAUUUCACUGACAAAUCAAGAAUCUGUUAAUCUCACCGAAUUUAAUAUAAGAACAACUAAUAGCAAAGGGAAAAAACCGACUAAAAGUUAUAUCAACAAUGAUAUAGCUAAAGAGAUAUUAACGACGUACAGAAUGCGCGUUUUACCAGGGAAAAAAUUAAUACAUAAGGGGGUAGAUAUAUUGGAGUCUGCUCAUACUAAUAUGAGAAAAAGUGGAGUUACAAAAAGCCCCCUAUGUAUAGGAGUGAUUAAUGUUCAUAACUCGGAUUGCACAAGGUUUUUGUUUCAAGAUCCUGAAUGUCAAGCCAUUUACUUUGAUAAAGAACAACAUAUACCUAAGUUUGUGGUUGACUGUGAAGUGGAGUAA